AUGUGGAGCGAUAUCCAAGAAGCGACGGCUUCUGAGCCAUUGACGCUGGAGGAGGAAUACGAGAACCAGCAAUCGUGGCGGACGUCCCAUGACAAGCUCACCUUCAUCGUCUGCCAACCCCUGGAUGCGGCCUCUGAUGCGGCCAGCGUAAAGGCUGGUGAGGUCGAUGCGGCGGCACGCAUGAUUGGCGACAUCAACUUUUUCGUCUAUCCCCACGACGAAGAGGAAGAGGGUGAGGGGGCCUAUGUCGGUGAAGUGGACGUUAUGGUGGCGGCGAAGGAGCACCGCGGCAAGGGUGUAGGUUACGCUGCUGUCACGACGUUGCUGGUGUAUGUUCACCGCAACCAAGAGCGCAUACUGAAGGAGUAUGUUGAGGGCGAAGGCAAGAGUGGAAAGGCUGAGUUGAAGGGGUUGAUGGUCAAGAUCAAGGAGGGGAACGCGGCGAGUAUAUCACUAUUCAAGAGGGUUGGCUUCAUGCAAAAAGGAGAAAUCAAUUAUUUUGGGGAGGUCACGAUGGUGCUAAGCGACCUGGGUCACUUUGUGGCAUCUCCUGCUGGUCUGAAGGCAGCAGAGGAAUCGCGAGAAGUGGCCUAUGCAAGAUAG